AUGUUGAGUCUAGGGAUAGCUAUGGUACGGAGCAGCCGCGAGUCGGGAACAUUUUGUGAGUUCCGCAUUGGCAGUCUUGUAGGCCUAGGAAAAGCACCUUUCCUCAGACUAGCACAUCUCCCUGACCAUGCCAGCCAUCACUGGGCUCUGCACUGCAGGUCCCUUGAGUGGCGGCUGCCUGGCGGACCUGUCCCAUUCACUGCCUGGCUGGGACUUGACCCUCUCAGUCUCCUUGUGCUCUCCAAGAUGGCAAGACUUGGCUACAGAACCCCCUGGCUGUUCCUAUUAAAUUUAAUUAGUAACCUAAAUACUAGUAGCAAAAAUUAA